AUGGUAACCAAGCCGGAGAAGCCUACUCUCGCUAGGAAUAAUGCGAGAAACAUAAAGAAAGAGGGUGGAGGGAACGUUACCGAGCGUGCACCACUAGACCGACUUCAGGUCGAAGUUCCUACCUGUAUCAGUGUCGUGCCUGUCUCCGAACUGUACGAUUUCGUCAACCGGACCUAUAGACGGUCCACAAGGUCGAGAGAUCGAGAGAGAGAGGGAACAUGGCGACCCUCGACGAGGGGUCCGCGGCGGGGCGGCGCCACCCACUACCUGGUCAAGUGCGUCCUCAGGGGAAGCGCCGUUCUCCACGCCGUCCGCGGCCGCUUCCGAUCCCCUUCGUCCGUCGACGUCGUCUUCGGAAAGGAGACAUCGCUAGAAUUGGUGGUGGUUGGUGAUGACGGAGUUGUACAAUCAAUAUGUGACCAAAGUGUAUUUGGCAUAAUAAAGGAUCUUGCUGUGCUACAGUGGAAUGAUAGGUUCUAUGCAUCCAUGCCAAAGGAACAAGGCAAAGAUCUUCUAAUUGUUCUUUCAGAUUCUGGAAAGCUUUCUUUUCUUAACUUUUGUUCUGAGAUGCAUAGGUUCUUUGCCAUUGCUCAUAUUGAAUUAUCCAAACCAGGAAAUUCAAGACAUCAAUUGGGAAGAUUGUUAGCCGUUGAUCCAGAAGGUCGUUUUAUUGCUGUUAGUGCAUACGAGGACCAUUUCGCCCUAUUUUCUGUGGUUUUAAAAUCCGGCAGCAGCAUUAUUGAUGAGAAAAUAUUUUAUCCAUCAGAAAUUGAAGAUACAAGCAGUGUGAGUAGUACGUCUAGCUAUGUUGCACGUGGUACAAUUUGGAGCAUGUGCUUCAUUCCAAGUGGCGUUAAUCACCCCAUUAAAGAAAACAAUAAUCCAAUACUCGCAGUUAUAAUGCACAGGAAAGGCUCUUUCGUGAAUGACUUGAUAUUGUUUGGUUGUGAUACCAGGACACGGAUCAUUCAUGUAAUAUCCCGUUAUGUAGAAUCUGGGCCUUUAGCUCUUAGUAUAUCUUCUGUUCCUCAUCUUUUCGGCUUAGCACUUCUUUUCCGUGUUGGCGAUAUACUUCUGAUGGAUCUUCGAGAUCCAGAGAACAUUUGCUGCAUCCACAGGAUUGUCUUAAACUCACCUAUUGUAAUUGAGGAUUAUAAGUCUGUUGAUGAUUCAUGUAGAGGAUUGGAUAUUGAUGAUGAAGGUAUUUUUACUGCCGCUGCUUGUGCUUUGCUGGAAUUGAGAGCUUCUGAUGAUAUGUUGAAAGAUGAUGAUCCUAUGAACAUUGAUAUUGGGAAUGGCAAAGAAACUUCCAAUUAUUCUAAGCUUGUAUGUUCGUGGAGUUGGGAACCUGAUAAUUCGGCAAAUCCAAAGUUGAUAUUUUGCUUGGAUACAGGGGAACUGUUUUUAAUGGAUAUUUAUUUGAAUAUUGCAGAAGUGAUGGUUACUAUAUCAGAUUGUCUUUACAUGGGAUUGCCAUUUAUGGCUCUUUUAUGGGCUAAAGGUGACCUGAUAGCAGGGCUUGUGGAGAUGGGAGAUGGAAUGGUCCUCAAGAUGGAAGAUAGUAAAUUAUUGUACAAAAGCUCCAUUGAAAAUAUAGCACCUAUUUUGGAUUUAGCAGUUGCUGAUUACUAUGAUGAGAAACAAGAUCAAAUGUUUGCCUGCUGUGGAAUGAGUCCCGAGGGAUCACUCAGGAUAAUUCGAAGUGGCAUAGGUGUGGAAAAACUUCUAAGGACCUCUUCUGUUUAUCAUGGUGUUACUGGUACAUGGGCAUUGAAGAUGAAAGAAACUGAUACUUAUCAUUCUUUUCUUGUCUUGUCUUUUGUCGAAGAAACUAGGGUUCUCUCGGUUGGUGUGAACUUUAGAGAUGUCACUGAUGCUGUUGGCUUCCAGCCCAAUGUCUGCACUUUGGCCUGUGGUCUGGUUUCGGAUGGUUUACUUGUGCAGAUUCACAACAAAGGUGUGAGACUCUGUUUACCUACUACAAAUGGGCAUCCCGAGGGUGUCCCCCUCUCUGUGCCAAUUUGCAACUCAUGGUCUCCGGAUAAGAUUACCAUUAGUGUAGGUGCUGUUGGACAUAACUUGGUUAUUGUCACCACAUCAAAUCCUUUCUUUCUAUUCAUUCUCAGCAUAAGGCCACUCUUGGCGUACCAUUACGAAUUGUAUGUGAUUCGAGAAGUAAAACUGUAUCAUGAAGUGUCUUGUAUAUCUAUACCACGAGGAAGUAUCAACUCAGAUACACUAAUGACAGAAUUUAGAUCGAAGGACAAAGAUAAUAAGAUUGUUGUCAUUGGUACUCAUAAACCUUCAGUGGAAGUCCUCUUAUUGGAACCCAAUGAAGCCUUUAGGGUACUUGCAAGUGGGUUAAUAUCAAUAAAUAAUGGACUUGGAUGUCCUAUUACUGGUUGUAUUCCUGAAGAUGUUAGGUUCGUAUCAGUUGAUAAGCUUUACGUUCUUGCUGGGCUGAGAAAUGGAAUGCUACUUAGAUUUGAGUGGCCUGCUUGUUGUCAGUUGAAGCCAAAUAGAGAGAACCUGAACACUGCUAGCUCACCGUCUGGUUCUAUGACUUCAUAUUCUUUUCUUGAUUUGGAGGAGAAGACAGAGAAAUGUAUCCCUGUUAUUCUUCAACUGAUUGCUAUCCGUCGAAUUGGGAUUACUCCUGUAAGUUUGGUACCUCUUCAUGACUUAAAUAAUGCAGACAUUAUCGUCCUCAGUGAUAGGCCAUGGCUAUUGCACUCUGCUAGGCACAGUCUUGCAUAUACAUCAAUAUCUUUCCAGGCAGCCACUCAUGUCACCCCAGUUAGCUCUAUAGAUUUCCCCAAGGGUAUCUUAUUUGUUGCGGAGAACAGCCUACAUUUGGUUGAAAUGGUUCAUGGAAAGAGAUUGAAUGUGCAGAAGUUUUCUAUUGGAGGAACUCCAAGAAAAGUGUUAUAUCAUAGUGAAAGUAGGACAUUAUUGGUCAUGAGAACAGGACUAAAUGGCACUUCUUAUUCCUCUGAUAUCUGCCGAGUAGACCCUCUUAGCGGAUCAUUGCUUUCAAAAUUUAGGUUCGAACCUGGAGAGACAGCAAAAUGCAUGGAAAUAAUGAGGGUAGGGAAUGAGCAUUUGUUGAUUGUUGGAACCAUGCAGUCGUCCGGCCGCGCAAUCAUGCCAAGUGGUGAAGCCGAAAGUACCAAAGGUCGUUUAGUAGUUUUAAGCUUGGAAGGAGCACAAACUUAUGCAGAGAGCAGUUCACCGAUUGGCAGUUCUAAUCUGAGUUCUGGUUACCAAAUUGAUUCUCCAUCCCGAGAAAAUGUUGGCUAUGCAACUGAACAGUUAUCAAGCAGCAGUCUCUGCAGCAGCCCGGAAGACACCUACUGUGAUAGGAGUCAAUUAGGAGAGAUGACUGCUGGACACUGGAGAUUAGUUUCCCAAUCUACGCUGUCUGGUGCAGUGCUUUCUGUCUGUUCAUAUUGCGAUCGUUAUCUUUUGGCAUCUGCUGGUAAUAUGCUCAUUAUGUAUGGUUUUUCGAACGAAAAUCAUCGGCCCAAGAAGCUUGCUUUCACCAGGACACGAUUUACUAUAACUUGCUUGAAAACGCAUCUUACAAGAAUAGCAGUCGGUGACUGUCGUGACGGUAUCCUUUUCUACUCUUAUUAUGAGGAUUCCAGAAAACUUGAGCAAGUAUACUCUGAUCCAGCUCAAAGAUUGGUUGCUGAUUGUGCUCUUAUGAAUUGUGACACUGCUGUGGUAUCAGAUCGUCGUGGGACCAUAUCUGUACUCUCAUGUCCAAAUAAUAACUUAGAAGUUAACGAAAGCCCAGAGAGGAACCUAAUGGUAAACUGUUCAUUCUACAUGGGAGAAACUGUUAUGACCAUGCGAAAGGCUUCAUUUUCCUACAAACUUCCAGUCGAUGAUGUAAUUAAUGAUUUUAAUAGCUCCGAGAUUGUAGUAGGCUCAGCUUACAAUAGUGUUGUUGCAAGUUCACUGCUAGGAGGUGUUUUCAUUCUAAUCCCAGUUACGAGUGAAGAGCAUCAGUUAUUAGAAGCUGUCCAAACUAGACUUGCGAUACAUCCAUUGACAUCUCCAGUCUUGGGAAAUAAUCACAAGGAAUUCCGUGGGCGUGGACUACCAGAGAGAACAUCAACCAUACUAGAUGGGGACAUGCUUGUCCAGUUUUUGGAGCUAACAAGUAGACAACAAGAAGAUGUCCUCGCAUUAACUGGCGUGCCAAGUUCAAUAGCAUCGACUUUGGACUUGCAACAUCCUCCUGUAUCGGUUAACCAAGUUGUUCGGGUCCUUGAACGUGUCCAUUAUGCUCUCAACUAAGGGGUUAUCUCAUUUGUGCUCUCCAAAGAAGAUCGAUAAGUUUUUGCUCAAUGUCGAGCUCCCCUAGGUAGUCUGGAUGGCACAUUAGGUAGAACGGCUUCUGUUGGUUGUUGAGAUAGGCGACUACUUACACAAUUCUUCAGUUUUUGGACUAGGAGCAGAUUUUCGCAGGAGCCAUACAGAGCCAGGAGUGAGUCAUUGUAAUCAAUCAAGCAAAAGUGUCCAUGAAGGCAACACUGCCAUCCUAUUAGAGGUGACUGUUCGGAAAUUUGAUCUUUGUCAGAUAUGAUUGCCUCUCUACCUGAAAGAUUGUUUCAUUGUGUACAUAAUUUUUUCUUUUUGCCAAAUCGUCUGAAGGAUAUCAUAUUGCUUACAUUUGUCUUGUGAAACACUAAUGAGAAUAUAACGUUGAUCUGCUUGAA